GAUAGUACACUACCUGUACCAAUUUUGCAUUGGUCUUUGGUCACUCUUAUCAGAACGUGAUAAGCUGACACGCACUUGUGGUUCGGCCUCGCGACUCGGCGUUUCUGUAAGAUGUCCAAACUUGUCUGCGUCGUCACUACCGGAUGUUUGCCGGGUCUCACCUCCUCAACUCGAUCGAUCCACACCUGGGAAUUUAUCGUUCCAAUCACCUCAGCACAACUACCUGGAGUGAUACGCUUUGGAUGAUUGUCACUGCAUUGCACAUCACUUUGGAUCCUCUCGAACAUCCCGCCGCACGCAAUACAGCUCUUUGCUGAGCCUUUGCUCUGUGAUACCAACGCUAUGCAUGUCGUUCUUUCCCUCCUGCUUGGGCAUAUUUGCCUGUGCGCCAGAGCAGCAUUUGUCAUGGAAUCCUCGCAUAACACCAUGACGAAGACGCCGAGCUACAACUGGGCGCUUGACAAUGGCUCACAGGGCUCGUAUCCAACUCACCGCUACAUUACUGAGGACAGCAUUACUUCUCCAGUCGUGAACUUCGCGACUUGGCAUCCUGAUUGCGAAAAUGAUCUAUACACGUUAAUCACACCCCGAGGAGCAGCAGUAGUACGAGCUGCACCGAUGUUAUUGGAUCAGCGCGGGAAUCUGGUUUGGACAAGAUCCUUCAACAACAAAUAUGGUGGACAAGCCUAUGGGCUAGAUGUGCAAACAUAUCAGGGACAGGAAUACCUCACCUUCUGGAUUGGAGAUGAUCGUGUCAAAGGCCACGGAUCGGGAUCAUAUUACAUGUUAGACACAUCCUAUAACAUAGCAUACGAAAUCGAGGCACUUAACGAUCUCGAUGCAGAUUUACACGAAUUCCACAUUACGCCCGAAGGCACGGCCUUGUUGACGAUCUAUCAGGUCAUCGAAUAUCAUUCUCGGGAUCUGCAUAAAUCUUCAUCAGCAAACCAACUCGAGCCACUAUUCAUCUGGGACUGUUUGUUUCAAGAGAUCACGAUCAAAUCACGAGAGCUGAUAUUCCAGUGGCGGGCAUCCGAUCAUGUUGCUCUUACCGACAGCUAUCGUGAAGUUGUUGGUGGCUCUCAAGAAGAUCCGUACGACUAUUUCCAUAUGAACAGUAUCGAGAAGGAUCACCAUGGAAAUUACCUCAUCUCUGCCCGCUAUCCACAAAGCAUCUACUAUGUUGACGGAAAGAGUGGAGAUAUCAUCUGGGUCUUGGGAGGGAAAGGGAAUAUUUUCUCCGAUUUGAGCGAGGGCUCCGCGAUCAGCUUUGCGUGGCAGCACGACGCACGACUACACGCACUAGAUGCUAUUCCCGAGAUCUAUCAGCCAAUUGGGGAGCGCAAAGGUGUCGAAGUCGUGUUGAUCAGCAUGUUCGAUAAUGCUGCGGAAGACUAUCGAUACGACUAUGGUGUUGGCUACUCAAGGGGGUUGUUGCUCGAGUUGACAUUUCCAGAAAUAUCUCAUCGAGAAACAACCCAGCGACAUCCGCAACGUUAUUCUGCCUCAAAUUAUGAUGAAACUGCUGACGUGAAUCUGCAAAAGAUUGCAGAUAUCAACGGGACAAAUCAAGCUCACACUGUACGAGUGAUUCAGUCUUAUGCGAAUCCUCAACUGAUACGCUCCUCAUCACAGGGGUCGAUGCAAGUGAUCCCAAGGACAAGGACCGGCAACGCAAGCGUAAUAGUUGGCUAUGGUUUGAACGCGGCUUGGACUGAAUUCAAUACUGACGGUGCUGUGAUCUGUGACGUGCACUUCGCAGCUCGGACUACCUGGGAGAGCGGUGAUGUACAGAGCUAUCGCACGCGAAAGGCAUCAUGGGUUGGGCGCCCCAAAUCCACGCCAGCGGUCGCGAUCACGGAUGAUGGCAUGUGGCUCUAUGUCUCUUGGAAUGGUGCUACUGAAGUCAACCAAUGGGUGCUGCAAGCUUCAGUCGGCUAUGCCAGUAACGAGGUUUGGAACGAAGUACAUCGCCUACCGAAAUCGAGCUUCGAGACGGCUUUCGGCUUGACGACUCACUCAGACCACGAUCGAUACUUUCGUAUUGUCGCGCUGGACCGCAGCGGACAACCUCUGGACCAUGGAACCAGUCGAGUGUUGGAUCGUCAAGCCAAGGAAAUGGCCAGCGCUGUUCUAACAGGCCUCACGUCCGAUAAAGUCGCGGGUUUUGAGACUUUGGUCAUCUCAAUCUCGGUGCUCACCCUCGGUGUUUGCAUCUUCCUGGCGUGGUAUUCAGCAGGACCUCAUGCGAGCAAUCAUCAUUACGGGAGAGACAGCCCCGGUGUUCUUAUGUGGCAGAAGGGUGUGGCUUACGCGCGAUUGCGAGCCGGCUCUGGAUAAUAAAAUGGGUCGUUGACGGCCGAUGACAGGCACGAACGCUGACGCCUUCUUUCCAGUCUUUGUCAUAUGACAGUGUGCGAACACAGUAUGCACGGUGUGAGAAGAAAGAGGUUGCGUCAGUUUUAUCUUUUGCGAUCAAUGGAGCUUUCAGCCUGUCACAUACAGCCUCAGAAUUGAACUUCAUGCGGUGUCGUUGUAAUCACAGUCAACUAAGAUGUUCCAGGACUUCUGAAGCAUCAAGUGUAGCUAGAUGAAGUGAGGUGCUGCAGUUGGUGGAUGGGCCUGGUCUUACAACCCUAAAUUUGUCCACUACCUAGGUACAGGUGCUUCGCCAUCUCCAAAAGUUCGUUCCAGCUUCAG